UGUUCCUCCAGGACCAUGUUUGUGAACUUCUAAACACUGUUGACGCUUGUCAAGUUUUCUUUGACAUUACUGUAAAUUUUGACCUCACAAAGAACUACCUGGAUUUGGUGGUGACAUACACUAACCUGAUGAUGCUGCUUUCUCGAAUUGAGGAGCGCAAAGCGAUAAUCGGCCUCUACAACUAUGCCCAUGAAAUGACACACGGUUCAAGUGAUCGAGAAUAUCCCAGGCUUGGACAGAUGAUUGUGGACUAUGAGAACCCACUGAAAAAGAUGAUGGAGGAGUUUGUCCCUCAUGGAAAAUCGCUGCAAGAUGCGCUGGUCUCCCUGCAGAUGGUGUACCCACGCCGAAAUCUGUCUGCAGAUCAGUGGAGGAAUGCUCAGCUGCUCAGUUUGAUUAGUGCUCCCAGUACCAUGCUUAACCCAGCUCAGUCCGACACGAUGCCCUGUGAAUAUCUGUCCUUGGACACUAUGGAGAAAUGGAUUGUCUGUAAGUUUGUUUUAAAAACAGUAUGAAAUUUAAAACUGACACUUUUUGCUG